CCAUCCUCGUCUCUCGCCAUCCUUGCCCCCCUCCCCCUCCCGUGAGCUUGUCUCUCGCCUCCCCUGUUACCGCAUGCACGCACGCACGCAUGCGAUGCCUCGCGCAGAAUGAUCUUCCGCAACUUCCCCCCGCCGCCUGCCUUCACAUGCCUGCUUGUCCUGGCGCUGGGCCUGAUCUGGACCUUCGCGCCCCCGGCGACCAUCCCAGCCGUCUGCCUUGGUCCGCCCCAGCUGGGCAAGGGUUUCUGGCGACAAGUUGCCAGUAUCGCUGUGUCUCCCCUCUUCCAUGCUGGAGCACUGCACUUUCUCAUGAACAGCCUGGCCGGCGUGUCGGUCCUCGGCCGCAUUGAGCGCAAGAUCGGCUCGUUACCAGCCGCGGGGCUGGUUUUCCUGCUGGUUCUCCCCCUGGUGGGGACCAUGCAAACGCUGUUCCUGUGGUUAACCGGCCUUAGUGAGUGUUCGGUUGGCUUUUCUGGCGCUCUCUUCUGCUUCUUCAUUCUGGAGCCCCACUUGCAGGCAGCCUCCUCCGAGCCGGCUCUUCCCCAGCACACCGCCAACUCUCCCGCCACCGGCGUCAGCGCCGGAUCAGCCCGGAACAGUGCCGGGCGUGGGGCCAACAUCGUGUCCUUCGGCCAGCUGGCCAGCACUCCCACCACCGACGGAGGCAGCGUUUCUGAAACUCCCUCCGAUGCCAGCGCCCCUUGGCCUCCUUUCCCACAGCAGCUCAUCCCCUGGCUGAGCUUGCUCAUCUUGCAGGUCCUCCUGCCGCGGGUGUCCUUCUCGUCGCACUUUGCCGGCUUACUGGCCGGGCACCUGCUGGCCGUGUUGCUGGCCCGUGUGCCACAUGCGCUCGAGUGGACCCUCGUCGCUGCCUGGCAUGUCUCCAAUGCCCUGGCGCGGUAUUGCCACACAUCAGCCGGGCCAAUGACUCGUGGCCUGGACCAGUUCUUGGAUGCUGUUCCGGCCGGUGGCGCUGAUCUCCCGCGUCCAUCGGUUUCCCUUGCCCCCACCAUGGAAACGGUGGUGUGGUUCCGCCAUGGAUUUAAGACCGCUUAUGAGGGUGCGGCGGCGGCGCUUGGCCGGCCGGCCGCCGCCGCUGCCGCCCCAACCGGCUCGGCCGGUGUGCGCCUUGGCGACCCACCGACGCCCCGGGGCACGAGCCCGUCAUUGAUGGCCCAAACCUCGGAGACCAUGCGGUCCGCUUGGGCUGCUGCGACCGCGGCCGCAGCACGCACCUGGAAGGACUUCCAGCAUUGGCGCCAGGGCCGGUGGCGGGACCGGCCCACCUCGGAGGAGCGUCGGCCCUUCUCGACGGCCGGCGACGAGAGCGCCUGGCCGUUUGGUGAGGCCGAGGCCCCGGACGAUGUGCCGGGUGCCAGCAUGAACACCAUCGAAAUGGCCUCCCUGGAGGCGGCCAUCGGCACGGGGAGCGGCCAAACCCAGCCCUCCUGGCGCAUCAGCGACUAGUCCGCUUCUCUUCGUAUUUCACUCCCUGCUUCUUCACAUACACACAGACACAUACACACAGACACAUGCAGAGG